AUGUUUCCGCGCGUGCUUCUAUCCUCGGAGCCGAUCUCCUCCUCCGCUGCAGUUCGAUGGUCACGAUUUCUACAAGGAAGCCCCAGCCUUUCUCAUCAAUUCCUGAGGCCUGCAGCGUUUUCGUUGGCCAUUCCUGGGGUCAUCUCCGACAUCUGGGAUUCUGUGUUGCGUGCUGUACCUAAGAAGAAGACUUCCCACAUGAAAAAGCGACAUAGGCAGAUGGCUGGCAAGGCCUUGAAGGAUGUGAAGAGUCUCAAUACUUGCUCUGGAUGUGGUCAAGUGAAGCGCGCCCAUGUUCUGUGCCCGCAUUGUGUUGAAGCCCAUCUAAUUGAUAUCUUCUCGCUGGCUGUAGCUGACAGGCAAAUUUUGUCAGCCUCUGGUGCCACUGCGCUCAAGGUUCAUUCAACAGCAGAUCCUGAUUUUCCCUUGAUACAGUCUAUCGAGGGUGCUCACGCAGUUGGGUGCCAUCAUUUAGUGACCAACGGAAAGGGAUCCAGAGCCGUCAGCGUUGGCUUUGCAGGCGAGAUCCAUGUCUGGGCAUGUCAAGAGGGAACUUGGUCCAAGGACGAUCCUAUUUCAGGUGGCAUGGAAGGAGCUGCUGGCACCUGGGCCGUAGCCUUAUCGGAGGAUGGCCAGUUUCUCGCCGGUGUGAACCAGGAUGGACACAUCAAAGUAUGGGAUCUAGACGCCAAAGGAGGGUUGAUUCGAGAUUAUGAGACUAAGGGUAGUUUUGGUACUUGUUUGGAUAUGUCUGCCGAUGGCCGCUUUAUUGCUAGUGGGCAUGAAAAUGGCAGUGUCUACAUCUUCAGCACAGAUAGUGGGCGGAUGCCUUUUAGCUUAUCAGGUUUGGUCAAGCCAGUCCGUGCUGUCGCAUUCUCCCCCGGUGGAAAACUUUUGGCUGCCGCAGGAGACUCCAAGGUGAUUGUUCUCUAUGACACAUCGUCCGGCGAGCAGGUAGCGAACCUCUCGGGCCAUUCGGCUUGGAUCCUGUCUCUUGCCUGGAGCAAUACAGGAGAGUAUCUUUUAAGCGGGUCAUUCGACGGUAAAGUCAAAGUCUGGUCAAUUGAUACAAGAUCCUGUGUCGCAACUCAUUCAGAGACUGAAAAGGCUGUCUGGAGUGUCAAAUGGUUGUCCAAGGUGGGCAAGUCUGAGGGAUUCGCUACCGCUGGCGCAAGUAGAAGCAUAGCAUUCUAUCGCGAAGCAACCGGUGGUUGA